AUGGCGGAAACAGGGGAGAGUGGAGAUGCUGGGACAGACAAAACCCCAGAGCAAACCAUGAAGGAGCUUGUAGAUGAAUUGUACAAUUUCAGAGAUGGUUAUUUUGAGACUCACCCUGUUGAGGAAGCUGGAAAGAAGCAAAGCGACGUGGCCCGGGAGAUGGAACAGACCCUGAAGAAGCUGGAGGAGAACGAAGAGCGCUUUAAGCACAAAGCAGAGUUUCUGCUGCUGAAGGGCCGGUGUCUGAACGUGAGCCCGGACUUCAGCGCGGCGGCAGAGGAGAGCCUUUCCCGCGCCGUGAAGCUGGAGCCCGGCCUGGUGGAGGCCUGGAACGUCCUGGGGGAGCAGUACUGGAAAAGAGGGGACCUGGUCGGGGCCAGGAGCUGCUUCACGGGAGCCCUGCAGCAAAAGAAGAACAAAGUCUCCCUCCGGAACCUGUCCAUGGUGCUGCGGCAGCUGCCGGCCGGCAGCAGCGAGGCGCACGGGAAGCAGGUCCUGGAGAGCGUGGACAUGGCGCGGCAGGCCGUGCAGCUGGACGUCACCGACGGGACGUCCUGGCAUAUUUUGGGGAACGCCUACGUCUCUUUGUUUUUCACCUGUGGACAAAACCCACAGUUCUCCCAACAGGCGCUCAGUGCCUACGCCAAAUCUGUGAGUACAGGCCACUCUGAGUAG